UCACGGCGGGCUUGUCGUGUUUCACCGUUCGAGGUUUUCCUUACUGAAAGCUUUUUUUGAGGACAGCAGGUAAUAACACUACAUAGAAAAUUUGGCUUUGUCAGAUUUCUUGUGAUCCGAAAGUACUUGAAAUUCCAACGUACUCGGAAUUACUUGUGUGCCUUCCUUUGUCACGGCGUGGUUGUCGUGUCUCACCGCUUGAGUUUUCCUUCUCGGUAGCGUUUUGUGGAAACAGUGUUGAAUAACACUGACCAAAAAGCUUGACCUUGUGUUUCCUGUGGUUCAAACGGGCUUGAAAAAGCUUCGUUCCUUCAAUCUCGCCCAGCUCCAACGGCGAACUUGUCUGCUAGUAAACUUGGUCUUUGUUCCGUUGUUGUCAGCGAGUCACUGUGUCAUUACCCGUCUUUUGACCACUGUACGCUAUCCAGCUACCUCGCCUCUUGUGCGAUCUUUUCCAUUCGUCAAAGGCGGAUUUACUUGAUUCAAUUCUUGGUCGCACUGAUCAGUGUAUCUUCAGUUAUCCGUGUGUCAGCCUCUGCUCCCUCGCAAAGGUCCUGUUGUUAUAUCCCUGGAGUCCACUUCAGCUUUGUGACUUGGUGAGUUCAUUCCAAUACACUCGUGUCACACUUGGUCGUUUCGAUUGGUGCUCUCGUCGCUUGCAUAAGUUGUCACCGUAAUCCGGUUCACAUCUUUGCUUUUUAUCUAUUACAUUCAAUUCUUUCUCUGAACCCUCUCCGUCACGAUGGUUGUCAAGCGCUGCUUAAACUCGCCGUGUCCGCCUUCUGACGACUCUGUGGUCAUAUGUGGUAAAGUGGGUUGUCUAGAAGCGGUUACAGAUUCGUCCGGGGGCAUGCAGUGCGAUAUCUGUAGCCGUUGGUUCCAUAAGGCCUGUACUGGCUUGGAUCGUAGACAGUACGCUCUUCUGUCCAGUAGCGAGAGUUUACUCUACCGUUGUAAUGACUGUUGUAGGCCCAGGACUGAGCGUUACACGCCAGUAAAGAGCAGUCCUGUUUCUUUGGAAAGUUUGUUGUCUCUGAUUGUCUUGUUAGACAGGAAAGUUGAAAGGAUUGUGCAGGGCCUAGAACGCUCAGGUCUUCUCUGUCAGGAGACAGUAGAAGACACUGGCAAGUUGUCUGAUCCUGCAUCUGAUUGUUUACUGUCGAAUGUCAGUUUACCUGUUAGCAAAGACCUUGUUAGUAACGAGCCCUCAGACAGCGUGUUUGAUUCGGCUGUUAGCGAAGGAGAGCAGCAGGUUUCUGCACUUGUCAAAAGAAGGCGAAAGAGGGUUAAAAAAGCGGCAAAACCAAAGGCGGACAUGAGAGGUCCGUCGGGCGCCCAUUCCCCCCCUCAAAUUCUACUACUACGGAAUCCUUGCAACUGGAAACAUCUACGACAUUAGAGUCUAUAGAAACGGACACUAAACUGAAACCACCGACGUCCAUGGAGCGUUCGGUAAAUACUCCGCGUCGCGGAGACUCGUAUACUGACUGCAGUGUUAUUUUCAGAAACGCCACUGAGUCUUCUGCUGUUCUCCCAAAAGACCGUAUGCUAGAUGACCUUAAGUGGUUUAGAGUAUGCAUUACCAAACUCCUGCCUCCCGGCUUCCCCGGUGUGACUGUGCGCAAACUAACCAGACUCGGUAACUUGCCAGCCGACAAGUCUCGCCCUCGCUUGUUGCGAGUUGUUCUGUCCACUCUGGAGGAGCGCCAAGCACUUCUGCGUUUCGCCUUUAAGCUCAAGGGCACUGGUGUCAUUGUGCACCCAGACCUCCCUUUGGCGGAUAGGCUGAAAUUGCGGGAAGCUGUCAAGGAUCUUAAAGCCCGCCGUGAAGCAGGAGAAAAGGGUCUCCGCUUGGUGGGUUUUCGGGUGGUGAGCCGGCGGUCCACUUCCGCCCUACCAGAGCCGGUUCUGGUGGCGCACGAUCCCGGACUCACAAUGUUAAAUCCCUUCAGGUGAUCUUAAGCAAUGUGCGUAGCCUGCGAAACAAGCUGUGCGAAGUCGGCGCUCUUGUCGACGACUGCCGUCCAGAUGUCCUCGCAUUCACUGAAACGUGGUUGUCCACCGACGUCACGGACAGUGAAGUGUGCUUGCCAGGCUACGCACUGCUGAGAUGUGACCGCACCUCUGAUCGGCGCGGAGGUGGUGUUGUUUUGUACGUUAACUCCGCACUUACUGUCUGUAAGACGUAUAGUUUCAGAUCAUCAGAGGGUGAUGUUGAGGCACUCGCAGUUAACCUGUGUAUUGCCUCCGCGCAACUUAAAAUUGUGCUGGUCUAUAGAAGCCCCGACAGCGUUGCUAAGGGGCUUGCUGAUUUCAUCCGCGAGCAUUCGGCAAAUAGGUGUUUAGUGAUGGGGGACUUCAAUCUUCCCGACGUUGACUGGCAGAAUUUUUCCUGCGGCGCUGUUACAAGGUGUUUGGCUACCGAGCUUCUCGAGCUGGCCUUGCAUGCUUCCCUGCACCAAUUUGUCGAUCGGCCUACUAGAUUCAUGAUGGGUCAAAACCCGUCCCUCUUGGACUUAAUCUUCGCUAAAUCCAUUGAUUUUGUCACCAAUAUUGUAUACAACUCACCUUUCGGUGCUAGCGACCACGCAUGUCUCUCAUUUAAGUGCGCCCUUAGUCGUCAGACUAAUGAUCAUCCCGACCGAGUACCAAAUAUAUGGCGCGCAGACUUUCAGACAAUGAAAGCCAAAGCCGCAAAGUCGCCUUGUAUCAUUUUGGAAAGUGACGACAUUCAAACGGCCUGGGACAGCUUUAAAUCAUACUUGAGUGAGCUCUCUCUCCCGCAUAUACCACUAUCUGGCAGGAAUAAAACUAGGGCAAAGCCACCCUGGUUUGAUUCUGCUGUACGCAAACAACUUAACAGACGUGCCAGAUGUUGGCGUACUUACUUAUCUGCUCCUUCAUUAUGCACUUUCAAGCGAUAUCGUGAGGUUCGAAAUGCCUGCAGGCAGUAUCUACGUGGUGCUCGUCUACAGCAUGAAGUAGAGCUUGCUCGUAUAGCCUCAUCAAACCCGAAACGCUUCUUCGCUUAUGUCAAAAGGCGAAGCAACAUGAAUUCGUGCAUCCCAGUGUUGUUUGGCCCGGACGGCACUGCUGUUGUCACGGAUCACGAAAAAGCUUGUUUGCUCGGAGAACAGUAUGCUGGGGUUUAUGUUAGAGAGUCACAGCCGCCGCAUAUCAGUCUCCAGGCAAAGGUUCCUGAGGGCUCCCACUUGGAGGAGGUUUCUAUAACCGAGGCUCAAGUGCUCCGGCUUUUGAGGCAAUUAAAUCCCAAUAAAGCUGCCGGUGGAGAUGCUAUUCAUCCCAAACUGUUGUACGAGUUGGCUGAUGAACUUUGCUCUCCGAUUACGCAUCUUUUUGUGAAGUCUCUACGAGGCUGCUCUCUACCCAAGGACUGGAAGGAGGCUAUUGUUUGCCCCAUUUUUAAGAAAGGUGAUAAGCACCUCCCUGAUAACUAUAGACCGGUCAGUUUAACGAGCGUGCUGGUCAAGUUAUUGGAAAAGCUCGUGAGGGACGCUCUCGAAGGACACUUGAAAGCGUUUGACUUGCUUAAUCCUUCUCAGCACGGUUUUCGUAAGGGCUAUUCUUGCCUUACUAACUUGUUAACCGCUCGUGAACACUGGGCCGAAGCCGUUGAUUGCGGGAAGGCAGUGGACGUGCUGUUUAUUGACUUUUCCAAAGCUUUUGACACCGUUCCACAUUCGCGCCUUUUGUACAAGCUGAAUUCCUUUGGUAUUUCUGGGCCAGUCUUACGAUGGAUUUCAGCUUUCCUAAUCGGAAGGGAAAUGUGUGUGCGGGUGGGUUCAAGCUUGUCCUUCCGCCAAUGUGUUCUCAGUGGCGUGCCGCAAGGUUCGGUUCUUGGCCCCCUUCUCUUCACUUUAUACGUUAAUGACCUACCUGACGAAUUGGGUGUGCCAUCCCUAAUGUUUGCGGAUGACUUAAAACUCUGGUUCACGAUAGACGAGCCGAUUGGUCCACUGACCCUACAGGAGGCUCUGAAUAGACUUUGGGACUGGUCAAUUUUGUGGCAGUUGCCAGUUAAUUUAGGGAAAUGUUCCGUUCUACGCGUUGGUCCGAAUGACCCGCCGACGCGUUAUUUGCUUGGCGGCAACGAGGUACCGCGAGUUCAACUCCAAUCUGACCUCGGUGUUUUGCUGUCAUCUGACUUCAAGUCCAGUGAACACUGGAAGAUAGCUGCUCGUAAGGGCUUCAACAUGUUGUGGAUGAUCCGCAGGUCAUUCGGGAUCAUGACCACCGACAUGUUUGUUAGACUAUUUUCGGCUUUUGUAAGGCCGCACUUAGAAUACUGCGUCCAGGCUUGUCCUCCAUGCCUGGUUCGUGACAAGAUGGCAGUUGAACGAGUCCUGCGGUCCGGGACGAAAAUGGUGUACGACUUAAAGAAGCUGACGUACCCGGAGAGGCUACGUAAGUUGGAUAUGUUUUCCAUGUAUUACAGGCGGCUUCGGGGCGACUUGGUCCUUACAUAUCGUAUAUUGAUGGGUCAGAUUGGUCCUGAUUUGACUGGACUGUUUCGCCCAACUCGAAUGCCAACCCUUCGUGGCCACCCAUUAAAGUUGCACAAACCCCGGUCUGACCGGGUUUUGGCAACUUUUAGAUUAUCGCGUAGGGUUAUAGCUUAUUGGAACACAUUGCCUGCAGACGUCGUGAUGGCACCGACGUUGAAAGAGUUCGAGCAUCGACUUGACGCUCUCGGUCUGCAGUUUAAAGUCUUCCCCUUCGUGUCUUAAACUUUUCUUCGUCUAUUACGGCUUACGCUUCUUUAACUCAUUUUAACUUACAUUUUAAUAUUGCCUACGAUAUUAGAUUAGCUUGUCUUCUCCUCUGUUUUCUUUUCUUUACUGACACUACUGUUUUCUUUUAUUCUUCACGUGGCCGGCACAGCGGGGACUGCUAGUGCAGGGCACGUGGGCAUUGUUUGGUUGACCAUAUGAAUCGUGUGUGUUGAUUUGGCUCUCCUUUGGCACAUCAAGGCACCGGUUUCCCUGUUGGAUCAACGACGUUUUCGAAGGUGGAACAUUCGCGGGAUUUUCCUACUGUUCCGGUCCCAAUUGAACUUGAACUUGAACUUGACUG